AUGUCAAAAUUUCACCGGCAAACUAUUUCUAUACGGGAAGUUGGUGCACAUAACACGUCCAACGAUUGCUGGAUUGCUGUUGAAAACCAGGUUUGGGAUGUGACAGAUUUUCUCUCCGAGCAUCCUGGAGGACCGAACAUCAUCCUCAAAUAUGCUGGACGAGAUGCAACAAAAGCAUACUCAGAAAUCCAUCCCCCAAGUCUUAUCCAGAAUAACCUGCCCCCUGAAAGACUCAAGGGCAUUAUAGACGAAAGCACCAUCGACGAUGAAUGGCUCAAAGAACCCCCAGAACAAAACAUAGAACGUACCUCAUCAUCCAACGAAAAGCCCCCUCUAACCACCCUCAUAAACGCGCACGACUUUGAACUUCUCCGUUUUCUCCAUCUACCGGCCGCUUGCGUGGUGGAAGCCGUGGUAGCUCACGGUCACGCGCAAGAGGGAAAGGCCAUGUCUUUAGUGGCCGUUCAAAAAUCCCUUAAUGGUAGUAAUCUCGACAUCCCUGUUCAAACACACUUAGAUCCGCAAACACCGCGGGCGAAAAGAGUGAAGAAGGCAAAAGAAGAUAUCGCUUCGGAGAGUAGCGUUGCUGAGUUGCAUAUACCACGCCCAACUCGCCAGUCUGCUAGGAUUCUUUCCAAGUUCCAUCAUAUGGAUUGUGUGUCCGAGCAAGCUGAUGAACCGGGGAUUCAGCAACCAAAUUUCAAUGGGCCUCAUGAGAUCCAUAUUGGCUCCGAUGAAACGGAGGUCAACGAUAAAGAGACCUCCCCAAAAUUUCCCAGCGUGAAUACGAGGCAACCAACUUCUGACUCCCAAUUAUCUUCGUUUAAGUCAACAUGGGCGGACACUUCUCGACGUCGUCGGAGUUCGGGAUAUAAGACGGAAGUAGACACUUGCGCUGACACUGUUUCGAAGCUCAACAAGUCAGUAGGUGCGAAUGCAGAAAGUGGGGAUAAUACUCCUGAGAUAGCGCUAGCAGCUACUAGCGGACUUGUGAGUAAGAGGUCGAGUCCUGUAGCUACGAGGAAACGAAUUUCCGCUAGCAUUGGCGCUACAUCUGAUGAGACCCAAAACCCAAAUCCAAGCACGAAGAAGUUGAAGGUGGAAAAGCUGGACCCUAGCUCUGGAACAGAUUCUCCGCCAUUGGGCGGAAAUGGCAAUCGUGGCAAUAGUAAUCAUGGUGAGAAUGAUGGUGAUGGAGGCCCCCUCCACUCUGGCCCUGAGCCUACGAGACAGGAUCCGAAUCUUACUGCACAUGAAACCACACCGACAGAGGCAUCCGCCUCCCCGGCGCCGACCCCAUCUGAAACCCCAGAGCUGCCUGCUACCAACCUUCCCAGCGGCGCGGGCAGAAGUCGUGGGCGCGGUGGCUUCAGAGGAAGGGUCGUGGAAGGGGUGGCCGUGGUCGAGGUUCUGGAAGAGGAGGUCGUGGCGGACGUCUUCAGCCAAUCGAUCGCGACAUGUCGUUGUCGCCUAGCCCAGUAUCAGCAGCUCCGCGAGAGACAAAAGGAACUUGAUAGAGUGUUCCGUCGAGUUGCAUCUGCUCAACGAACAGCGCUCACGGUAAUCGCUAAUCGCUCAGAGGCUAAACUUAUAAAGGAUGCUAAAGCGCAUAUGGCUGUGCCGGAAUAUGAUCAAGUCAUGAAUGACCUUAAAGCCAUGUUACAGAAGAGAUUGGAGGUCAUUGAAAAUGAAUAUAAUUGGCGAACAAAAACCGCGGAUGCCCUGUUCGAGGCGAAUAAAGAACGGGUAAAUGCGAGUUUCCAUGAUAAGUCUCGACAUAUUAGAGAGGAACAUCUCCUUGCGGCUCAAGGGAGCUAUAUGGCUUUUGUGGAACAGUGUCGUCAAGCAGAGGAUGACGACCACACUGAGGCUGAUGAAUCCGGCCCGGAGCCCGAAAUGCCACCCCGUCGACUUUUUGUCCGUGGAUUCAACAGUUCUUUCGUCAGGGAUCCAAAAGGUGCUGCUCUCUACGAACGAGCCGCAUAUGGUUGGGAUGACUUCAUACAGCGCGCGAAAAUUGAGACAGACAUAUCUCCUCAAAUAAAAGAGAUAGACCAGGAAUCCCGAGCACCAGUUCCCGCCAGCGACAAAAUUUUGCAGCUUACGGAGGCAUUAACUGAGCUUUGCCAGCAGGAAGAGCGUCGCGGGGAUGAAGGCAAGCCGGUGACGACAAUCCCCAACGAACCACCUACCGCAUUGAGUGCAUUAGCCGACAUCGCGGUGGGCGACGUUGGCCAAAAGCCUGUAGAACAGCCUACCAUGCAUGAGCCCCCUCCUCAAGGUUUGCAACUCGCACCCUUCCGCAGCCUUCCCAGCAUCACGCAGCAGCUUCCAGCACUACCACAUCACCCACCCCAUCUUCUAAACCCAUACGAAAAACAACUACCAAUCGAACAACCUCCUCGGGGCUUCCAUCGAACAAUUCUCCCCCAGCCAGUUCUUGGUCAAAUGAUACCCCCAACAGACCCACGGUCAUUUCUCCCACCGCCAUCCCACCACCAACCACCCCCUCCUCCCCCCCAACGAGGACCACCUAGCAUACCCCGCCGCCUUCUCCCAGCCUCCAGUCGAUACCCUUCCAUCCCACACCUGCACGAACUCCCUGACCCAUUCUCCUCCGCACCACCGCACCUCCCCGCGCCACAGGCCAUGGUAUAUCAUCCAGGCUCUUAUCCUCUUCACCCUCCUCCUCCCUCUCCCCUUCACCCGCCAACUCAUGCGCCGCCGCCACAUCUACCUCAGUACAUGCAUGGACCUGUCGGGCACAUGACAUUACCCCCAGUUUAUCACCCAGCAACGUACGGGCAUCUGCCGCCUCCUCUUCCGCCUCUUCCACCUCCACCCCCUCCGGGCUCACAAUACCAGCACCAGCACCAACACCAGCUUCAAAACCAGCUUCACCAACCACAACCACCCCCUCUGCCACAGCAUCGCCACUCAUAUUAUCAGCAGCAGCAUCAGCAUGCGCUCACUCCGCCACCGCCAUAUCGCGAGUAG